AUGGCCGAAGAGCCCAUAAGCGCUGCAGCGGCACUCAUUGCCGUAAAUGAAGAUGAAAGACAGCUUCAUCAUACCGAGACGGAGGUCGACGUGUUUGCGCGGAACAUUGAGGAUCGUGUCUCGAAUCUCAUGGGAGGACUUUCGACUUGGUUUAACGGAAUGAACAUGCAAACUCAAAAUGCCAUGCUUUCUGCACAGGAGCAUGUGCAACAGAAUGGGGGUGUGAUGUCUACUGCACGCGCACACUUAUCGAAUCUUGAAUCACAGCUCCAGCUUCACAGUGACCGUGCUCGGUCCAAGUCUCGCUCGUCGGCAGAGCCAAUGCCCGACGAUGCAGUUUUUGAGCUGGACACAAAAGACGAAGAAGAAAUUCUAGAGCGAGAGAAGCCCACAAGAUCGGCGUCUGUAAGCUCCGACGCUGGAAACCAGUCCGAUGCUGCUACAUCGCCACCAACAAGCAACUUGAGCCACAACAGUCUAUGGGACGUACUACGCAAAGUGACAGCUCAUCCGAAUGUUGAUCGCUUGCAGAAUACGUGGAAAAAGAAUACCACUUCAGAUAUUCCUAUUCAAUGGCAGCAUACGCUCAAAGAAGCAGAGUCGCUCGCUCGUGCGUAUGCGCGAAGCAGUGGCGCCGCCAUGCAAAAUGUGAGCAAGGAUUUGCAAGCGAAAAUCCAGAAUGUUGUGAAGAAUCCUCCAACAGAUGAAAAUACGCCGCGGACGACGGAUAAGUCGGCCAUGCAGCCCGUUCAUGUGGUGGAAGAUGAGGACGAUUUCCGCUGGGAUGAUGAUGACGAUGAUGCAGACAACAUGCCAGCUGAUGAAAGGGGUAUGCCGUCACUCCAAACAUCGAAGCCUGCUUCGGAAAGAAAGGAGACGGAGGCAACAGGUCCACAAUCAGAGCCAAAGGAGUCGGUGAAGGCGAAGUCUAAUUCACCAGCCACUGGUGUAACAAAGAUAUCUCUGUCGACGAAUGAAUCCCGACCUUCAGUCGAUGAUGACGCUGACUCUGACUGGGAGUAA